AAGCUAAUUAGCAACUCUCACUGUUCUUGAGAAAACGAAACCAACUCUCCUCUCCUUUUCUUCUCAAAAACAUCUUCUUUCUAUUGUCUUCUCCAAUCAAUUUUGAAAUUAAAAACAUUGACAAACUUUUAAACCUCAACUGCUCUUCUCUCUGUUUCACUUUCUAGACUGUUCUUGUCUCACCACGAAAAAGACCUGCACUUGCAGACUAUACACUCUAUAAACCCUCCAAACAAAAAGUGUUUGGCAUCAUCAUUGUUUCCCUGAGAGAGAAGAAAAAGAUCAUUCAAUGUCUCAGUGGCGGUUGUGAACUCGAAAGGUCUUAGCUUUACCUUGGAAAGCUCUGCAAUUUAGGGUUUUUGUUGGCCAAAAUUGCUUAACGGAAGAUACGUUUUGCUCUUCUCAAUUCGCUUUCAUCACAAUGUUGCUUCAAUCACAAGUUGUGCAAAGCUCUACUCUUUUUGGGACAUGAGCAUGUGACUCUGUGAGUCUUCUUCUUCAUGAGCCCUUAAGUAAAGCAAAAAACGAGAAGACUCUUGUCUGUGUGUUAGUUAAGUCAUGGUGAUCAUUCUCCUAGUGAUGUUCUUCUUUCUUGGUUCAACCCUGAGCCAACCUACGCUCACAUGUCAUCCCACCGACUUAUCUUCCCUCAGAGAGUUCGCAGGAGCGUUGAAGAACAGGUCCGUCACCGAAUCUUGGUUCAACCAUUCAACUUGUUGCGAGUGGAGUGGUGUCAAUUGCGAUGCUUCUGGUCGAGUCACAAAGCUGGUUCUGUCUGAAAAGGGUUUAGAAGGUGUGGUCUCAAGCUCUCUAGGCGAGUUGAGUGAGCUGAGACUACUCGAUCUCUCUCAUAACCACCUCAAAGGCGAAUUGCCCUCAGAGAUCUCCAAGCUGCAUCAGCUUCAAGCUCUUGACCUGAGCCAUAAUUCACUAACCGGGAACCUAUCCAAACUCGGAGCGUUCCCUCGUCUUGUGAUGCUUAACGUAAGCAACAACUUGUUGGAAGGUGAGAUUCAUCCUCAGCUAUGCGGUGAGGUUCUUGAUUUAUCGAUGAACCGUCUCGUUGGGAGUCUCGAUGGACUGUACAGCUGCAGUAACUCUACUCAGGUCUCAGUCUCUGGAAACUACUUAUCAGGAGAGUUAAGCGAGAAGCUGAGCAGCCUCACUGCUCUCAAGUCUCUCUUGAUAUCCGAGAACCGGUUCUCUGGUGAGAUACCAGAUGUCUUUGGUAACCUCACUGAACUCGAACACAUAGACAUAAGCUCCAACAAGUUCUCAGGAGAGUUUCCUCCAAGCUUAUCUCACUGUACCAAACUCAAGGUUCUUGAUCUCAGGAACAACUCGCUAACCGGUCCUGUUGAUCUCAACUUCACUCUGUUUCAAGACCUAGCCGUUCUUGAUCUCGCAAGCAAUCAUUUCUCCGGACAUCUCCCUGACUCUCUCGGUUAUUGCUCAGACAUGAAGAUCUUGAGCUUGGCGAAAAACGAGUUCACCGGAAAGAUCCCCACCACGUUCAAGAACAUGAAGUCUCUUCUGUUCCUGUCCUUAUCCAACAACAGCUUCGUGGAUUUAUCAGAGGCCAUGAACGUGCUGCAGCAUUGCAGGAACCUCUCAACUCUCAUCCUCUCUAAGAACUUCAUGCGAGAGGAAGUGCCGAGAGACGUCACCGGAUUCGACAACCUCGCCAUCUUAGCCCUCGGAAACUGCGGUCUCAGAGGUCGCAUUCCCAGCUGGCUGCUGAGCUGCAAGAAGCUGCAAGUUCUUGAUCUCUCUUGGAACCGCUUCUACGGAACCAUCCCUAGCUGGAUCGGUCAGAUGGAGAGUCUCUUCUACAUAGACUUCUCAAACAACACGUUAACAGGACACAUCCCUGUGGCCUUGACCGAGCUCAAGAGCCUGAUCCAUCUAAACUGUACAGACUCCUCUCAGAUGAUAGACUCUUCAGGGAUACCUCUCUACGUGAAGAGGAACAAGAGCUCUCACGGUCUUCCUUACAACCAAGUCUCGAGAUUCCCUCCUUCCAUCUACUUGAACAACAACAGACUCAACGGGACGAUCUUGUCAGAGAUAGGACGGUUGAAAGAGCUUCACAUGCUGGAUCUGAGCAGGAACAACUUCACCGGGGAGAUACCUAACUCCAUCUCAGGUCUCGACAACUUGGAGCUUCUUGAUCUCUCUUACAAUCACCUCAACGGUUCCAUCCCUCUCUCCUUUCAGAGCCUCACUUUCUUGUCGAGGUUCAGCGUCGCUUAUAACCGUCUCACGGGCGCUAUUCCAUCGGGUGGUCAGUUCUACAGCUUCCCUCACUCCAGCUUCGAAGGAAACUUGGGACUCUGUCGCGCCAUUGACUCUCCCUGCGAUGUUCUCAUGAGUAGUAACGUGUUGACACAUAAAGGCGCUUCACGUAGUGGUAGUAAUGGAAAGUUUGGGAGAAGCAGCAUUGUUGUGCUUACAAUAAGUCUUGCCGUGGGGAUCACGCUUCUUCUCUCGGUUAUUCUACUAAGACUCUCGAGAAAAGAUGCUGCUGAUGAUGAUGAUAGAGUCAAUGUUUUUGAUGAGGAAGUCAUCAACAGCGAGGUUCUUCAUAAAGCUCCUCCCAUGUCGUCGUCAAAGAUAGUUCUCUUCCAUAGCUGUGGAUGCAAAGACCUGAGCGUGGCGGAUCUGCUCAAGUCCACGAACGGUUUCAGCCAAGCAAACAUCAUAGGAUGCGGCGGGUUCGGUCUCGUCUACAAGGCCAAUCUACCCGACGGCUCUAAAGCGGCGGUCAAGAGGCUUUCGGGUGACUGCGGGCAGAUGGAACGUGAGUUCCAAGCAGAAGUGGAAGCGCUGUCACGUGCGGAGCACGUGAACCUCGUCUCUCUUCAGGGAUACUGCAAGCACGGGAACGAUCGGCUGCUUAUCUACUCGUUUAUGGAGAACGGGAGCUUGGACUAUUGGCUGCACGAGCGUGUCGAUGCGAACACCUCUCUUAAAUGGGACGUGAGGUUGAAGAUAGCUAAAGGAGCGGCGCGUGGGCUUGCUUACUUGCAUAAAGACUGUGAGCCUAACGUUAUCCACAGGGACGUGAAGUCGUCUAACAUUCUGUUGGACGAGAGCUUCGAAGCUCAUCUCGCGGAUUUCGGGUUAGCCAGGUUGCUUAGGCCGUACGAUACUCACGUGACGACUGAUUUGGUGGGGACGUUGGGGUACAUUCCUCCGGAGUAUAGCCAGUCUUUGAUAGCCACGUGUAGAGGAGAUGUUUAUAGUUUCGGUGUGGUGCUUUUGGAGCUUGUUACGGGUAGGAGACCGGUGGAAGUGUGUAAAGGGAAGAGCUGUAGAGAUCUUGUGUCUAGGGUGUUUCAGAUGAAGGCUGAGAAGCGUGAAGCUGAGCUUAUUGAUGAGGCGAUACGGGAAGAUGAUGUGGAUGAGAAAGAGGUUUUGGAGAUGUUGGAGAUUGCGUGCAGAUGCAUUGAUCAUGACCCUAGAAGGAGACCGUUGAUUGAAGAGGUUGUUGCUUGGCUUGAAGAUGUCCCAGUAGAGUCUGUUAAACAGUAGUGUUAAUCCUUUUGUAAGGAUCUUUUGUUAGUUCUUUAAUGUAAGAUCACUGGUUUUUUGGUUAGAGAAGCUUUGGGGUA